ACGAGAAAAGAAUCCAGCAGAUAGGGGCAAGAUGUCGGAGGGAAUGAGGCUGAAGGGAUGGGCGUUGUCAGCGAAAGCUUUGGCGGGGAGCCGACUCCUUCGGAGAAGAAGCGCAAGCGACGGAGGAUGGUGCUAGAGGAGGUGGCGGAGGGAACCCUCCGCAUGAAGAGGAUGAGAGGAAAAUCGGAGGUGGUGAUGGGCGGGGAUGGAGGUGACGUCGGAGAACGUGCCUCAGGAAAGAGGCCGUCGAAGGAAGAGGGUGAGACGACAAGUAAGAAAGCGAGGAGGCCCGACGCUUUGACCAUCCGCGAAGGACAAGCCAUGGGUGGAGGAGAUUCGGCUAAUCCAGGCGCUGCGGCCGCGAGAGAACCUUCGGGGAAAUCGAAACGGAAAGUGGCAGCUGAAGAAGGCGAUGGCCAGAAGAAACCUCGAAGGCGGAAGGAUGUUGAGGCGGCGAGCGGUGGCGAACGGCCUAUCGGUGAGGAGUGCGACGAAGCGGCAACGUUCUGGCUCGAAUACGAGCGGAACGAUGGCGGUGAAAUCGUGGGGAAGGAGCUCCCCGUCCAACUGCUCAUCGACCCAAGGAAGGUCUGCGACAUCCCACCUUGGGAAAGAUAUUACAACCACCGUAGUCUAAAUCGCGAAACUGUGGACGACAUCAUGGCUGCGAUGGUGAGUCAAUUCCGCGAGAAAAAGGGGAAGAUAUGGACGAAAAACCCUUUGGUUCUGACACCCAUCUACAAGCCGGUGAUGCGUAGGCCGGAGAAAGCUGACAGGGUUCAAAAAUAUGUCUUCAAGCCAGAGGACAAGGACAAAUACGACUAUUACCCUGUUAACGGACAACACACCGUGGCCGAUGUGAAGGAGUUGGAGGGUGAGCCAAUAUUCGAUUUGUGGAAGAUGCACUCGUGGCCGGCGAGAGUAGUAUGGUUCUCUGACCGAGAUUUCGCGGGGUAUAGGGCAGGUCAGUCUCAACGAGAAUACGGGACACAAGAUGUCUAAGCAGCGAUUACAGAAGGCCGCGUUCAUGGACAUGCGGGAGGCAUUGGAGAAUGAAGGAAGGCCGGUGGC